AUGACAACUACAACGAACUCAACAGGUUAUGGGCCCAGGAGAGGCUUGCUAUUCGACGGUAACGAAAGCAAAUAUGAGUUGUGGGAAGUAAGGUUCCUGGGCUAUAUGCGGCUACAAAAGAUAUAUAAAGUAUUCGUGCGAGACGCAAGCGAGAAAGACCCACCAGACGCUUUGACGCAAGCUGAUGCUUUUGCCGAACUCGUGCAAUGUCUGGACGAUAGAAGUUUAUCGCUAGUGAUACGAGACGCGAGAGACGACGGGAGGAAAGCGCUAGAAGUUCUCAGACAGCACUACCAAGGGAAGGGAAAGCCACGUAUAAUUUCGCUUUAUACCGAACUGACAUCGCUAAAGAAAGAAGAGAACGAGCCAAUAGUCGCGGAUUAUGUCAUACGAGCCGAGUCAUUUGCGACAGCGUUACGAAAUGCCGAGGAAGCUAUCAGCGACGCAUUGUUAAUCGCGAUGGUUUUGAAAGGCUUACCGAGGGAAUACGACACGUUUGCCACGGUAGUUGUGCAAAGAGAGAAACAAAUGACUUUCGCCGAAUUCAAGAGCGCGCUACGAAGCCACGAGGAAAGCGCAAAGACACAUGGUGGGAAGGCUGCCAGCGCGGGGGAGAAUAUCAUGUUGACGAAGCAAAAGUUCGAUGGGAACUGUUUUAAAUGCGGGAGAAAGGGACAUAAAAGCGUGGAGUGUUGGUCGAAGACAUCGGAAAGAUGGUGUAGCAACUGUAAAAGUAAAACCCACGAGACAAAGAAUUGCCGGAAGAAGAAAGAUGCGGCGAAGACAGCAGCCGAGAAGACAACGUCAAGUGAGAACAAUGAACAUACGUUUGCCUUUACAUCCAAGGACACAAUUAAUAUAUCAGGUAUAAAUAAUAAGAGUAAUUCUAGUUUAUUAGUAGAUACUGGAGCCACAAGUCACAUUAUAAAUGACAAAUCAAAAUUUGUGGACUUUGAUAAAGAAUUUAAUCCUAGUGCGCAUGUCAUAGAACUCGCUGAUGGCAGUAAAGCCAACGUAGUAUUAGGAAAAGGAAAUGCCAAAGUUAAACUUUAUGACGUCAAUGGUAAUGCACGUGAAGUAAUGUUAAAUAGCGCAUUGUAUGUUCCGUCCUAUGAUCAAAAUAUUUUUUCAGUGCAUGCUGCGAUAGAAAGGGGGGCCAGUAUUAGUUUAGAUAAGCAGGUGAAACAGCUCAAAUGUCCUGAUGGCACAACGUUUGGAAUGGAACAAAAAGGUAGGUUAUAUUAUUUAAAUAGUAUUUCAUCCUCUAAGAAUAGUGCAUGUUCUCUGCAUGAAUGGCAUAAAAUCCUUGGUCACUGUAAUUAUGGUGAUGUUCAGAAAUUGGAAAAUGUUGUAGAGGGGAUGAAUAUUUCCAACUAUGAUGAAGUAGAGUGUACUGUUUGCACUAAAGGUAAGAUGUGCCAAUUUAGGAAUAGAUCCCCAGAUGAAAGAGCAACUGCUCCAUUAGAUUUUGUGCAUUGUGACCUGGCUGGUCCUAUUGAUCCUGCAGGAAGAGAUGGCUUUAAGUAUGCUUUGUCAUUCGUUGAUGACUAUUCAAGGAUUAUUAUGGUCUAUUUUCUAAAAUGUAAGAGUGAUACUUCAGAAGCAUUACAGCAAUAUUUGGCUGACGCUGCUCCUUUUGGGAGGGUUAAGCGUGUCAGGAGUGACAAUGGCACAGAAUUCACUAGUCAUCAAUUCAAAUCUAUUCUUCGAGAAAAUAGGAUAAGGCAUGAGACUAGUGCACCAUAUUCCCCACAUCAGAAUGGAACGGUGGAAAGAGCAUGGUUGAGUCUUUUUAAUAUGGCUAGAUGUUUGUUGCUUGAGGCAAACUUGCCAAAGUCCAUAUGGACUUAUGCUGUUAUGGCAGCAGCCUACAUCAGAAAUCGUUGCUUCAAUGCGAGAUUGGGCAAAACUCCUUAUGAGGCAUUUACAGAGUCUAAACCAGAUUUGAGCAAUAUGCAUGUCUUUGGUUCCGUUUGUUACGCAUAUGUGCAAAAUGCAAAGAAAUUAGAUCCUAGAAGUAAACAGGGUAUAUUUGUAGGAUAUGAUAAAAGAAGUCCUGCAUAUCUUGUCUUUUAUCCUGAUUCCAAUAAGGUUGAACGUGUAAGGUGUGUGAAAUUUUUCAAUGAGAGCAACCAUGAAUCUAAGGUUAAUCCUGACGAACAGGAAGGGGAAUUUCUGCCCAGUAAAGUGUCUGUACCUAUUGCCAAUGAGAGUGUAAUAUCAACACAAGGGGAUGAAAGUGUAAAUGGCACUGAAACUGUGCAUGAUGAAGUACGGUACCCUAGUCGAACUCGUACUAAGCCAACAUAUUUGAAUGAAUAUGUAACUGGUAAGGUUGUUGAUGAUGCAGCAACAUGUGCAGUUGAUUAUUGCUAUAGAACCCAUGACAUUCCAACUAGCUAUUCCGAAGCAGUACAUUCUCCUGAAAGAAAUAAAUGGGAAAAAGCCAUGGAUGAUGAAAUUGAGGCCUUAGAGGGCAAUGAAACUUUUGAGUUGGUCCCACCCCCAAAGGGCCGUGAGGUAGUGGGGGGGGGGGGAAUGGGUGUAUACCGUUAAGACAGGACCAGAUAAGGCUGAAACAUACAAAGCUCGUUAUGUAGCAAAAGGCUACUCGCAGAUUCCUGGUAUUGAUUACCAUGAAACCUUUUCCCCAACCGCUCGGAUGAGCUCUAUUCGUGUUUUAUUACAGCAGGCAAUUCAGAAUGAUAUGCUUGUUCAUCAGAUGGACGUAAAACAGCCUAUUUAAAUGCCCCAAUAGACUGUGAGAUUUUCAUAGAACAGCCAGAAGGCUACGAAAGGGUAGGACAAAAUGGUGAGAGGUUGGUGUGCAAAUUAAAUAAGUCUUUGUACGGUCUUAAGCAGAGUGGACGCAAUUGGAACAACAUGCUACAUGAUUACCUUAUGAAGGAGAGCUUCACUCAAUCACUUGCUGACCCAUGUGUUUACAUUAGAAAUGGUGGUACAAAUGAAUGUACAAUUAUCAUCAUUUGGGUUGACGAUCUCAUAAUUUCUGCUAGCCAUGAAAUUCUUUUGCAGAGUGUGAAAGAUUCUUUAAGUAAUAAAUUUAGAAUGAAGGACCUAGGGGUAUUGUCAUGGUUCCUAGGUACAGAAUUCAAGUGUUCAGAAGGUGCAAUUGAAAUGAGCCAAAAGCAAUAUAUUGAGAAAUUGCUGUUAAGGUUUGGCAUGGCAGAAUGCAAGUCAAAGGUGACCCCAACGGUACUAGGUUUAGAUAAGGUUGUGGAUACGAAAUCACCUGAAUUAAAAGAUCCAACUCUUUAUAGAGCGAUAAUUGGGAGCUUAAUAUAUGUGAUGACAGGUACAAGGCCUGAUUUGUGUUAUAUAGUCACUAAUUAAGCUUUCCCAAAACAUGUCGAAACCCACUGAAGCUAACUUUAUUGCUGCAAAACAUGUUCUAAGGUAUUUGAAAGGAACAAUUGAGCAAAGAUUGAGAUUCAGGAAAUCUGAGAGUACUCUAAAACUUAUUGUGUUUUGUGACUCAGAUUGGGGAGGUGAUGUUUGUGACAGGCGUAGCAUAUCUGGCUACGGUUUUCAGUUGUUGGAUGAGGGUUCUUUAGUUUCUUGGAGAAGUCGAAAACAGCCAACUGUUGCACUGUCCACAUGUGAGGCAGAGUAUAUGGCACUGACAGAUGCAGUGCAGGAAGCCAAGUUCUUAAAGCAGUUGUGUGUUGAUCUAAAUAUUGUUCAGGUAAGUUAUAGUGUUCUGGUAAAUGGUGACAACCAAGGUGCAAUCAAUUUAGCUAAGAACCCUAUGUACCAUAAAAGAUCAAAACAUAUCGAUGUGAAGUAUCAUUUCAUUCGAAGUGAAGUUCGAACAGGUAGUAUAGUAUUAGCAUAUAUUCCAACGGACGAGAAUGUAGCAGAUAUCUUUACAAAGCCAGUUAGUAAAGUCAAGUUAGAUAAGUUUGGACCAUUUAUUUCAGGUAAGUAUCAUUCAGCAUAA